GAGAGCCAGCCAGCAGGGAUCAAACCUCCAACUCCAGCAUCCACAAUGGCAGCUUCCUGUGGCUUCCCCCAUCUUACUGGGCCUCGCUCCUUACAUAGGCAGUUACAACUCCAUGCCCGCCAUCUGACCAGUAACAGCUCCUCAAACCAUGUGCCCCUCUGUAAGCCCUUCCAUCCGCCACAACCAAAGCCAGCAGUUUGGACUGCCGUGUCCCCCAAUGAGCAGUUCCAGUGGCUUCAGCAGUACAGAACAGAGGUUCCAGCGACAGCUGUCAGAGCCGUGCUUAUCUUUCCUUCCUCCAGGGAGCAGACCGUACCCCUCUUCUAACUGCGACGGACGGCCAGUGUACCACCGCCACCUUUCAGAGCCCUUAGUACCCCGCUGCCCUCGGAGCUUUAAACAGGAGCUAGUGGACCCACGAUACCCAGACCCAGGAGCUGCUGGACCAGGUCCAGCUCCACCACAGGCCACCACCUUCAACAAUGUCACCAUCAAACAAGAGCCAAGAGACUUCAGCUUGGACUCUGACCAUCAGGCAUCCAAAUCAUUUGUGAAGUCAUCAGUGUUCUAUCAGAAUAACAUCGGAUUUGGUCAAGACAGAGAGCCACAUUUCUUCUACGAUGACACUUGUGUUGUACCAGAAAGGCUGGAAGGUAAAGUGAAACAGGAAGUUAUGCCUUACCAGCGCCGUGGCUCUCUGCAGCUCUGGCAGUUCCUUCUCACUCUGUUGGAAAACUCGGCAAACAGACACCUGAUCGUCUGGACGGGACGCAACAUGGAGUUUAAACUAAUCGAUCCUGAAGAGGUGGCUCGUCACUGGGGGAUCCAGAAGAAUCGACCGGCCAUGAACUAUGAUAAGCUGAGCCGCUCGCUCAGGUAUUACUACGAGAAAGGAAUCAUGCAGAAGGUGGCUGGGGAAAGGUAUGUCUACAAGUUUGUGUGCAACCCUGAGGCACUUUUCACCAUGGCUUUCCCAGACAACCACCGGCCGAGCCUGAAGGCCGACCCAGAUGGCAUCCUGCUUCCCAGCGAGGAAGAAGGGCUCGUUCUUCCAGGCUCUGAGGAGGAGGGGCCUUACCUGUCUGACGGGGUGGAGCAAAGCAUCAGGGGACUGGCAUUCCCUGACACAUACCCGUACUAAAAUCAACAGUCUGGCAGCUGGAGGAAGGAGCCCAAAAUUACUGCAAAAUUUCUAUAGAUAUAAACUUCCUACUCUCAGAAAGAAUUGUGAUUUUCUUUGAGUUAAAUUGACUGAGAUAACUGAGAUAAAUUGUUUCUGAUGAUGUUUGGUCUUUUGGAAAGUAAUUUUCACCUGCUGCAAACACUGACUUCCUUCUCAAAUUCUGCAUGCACCUUAACGUGAUAAAAUCAUCAAUCCACAAUAUUUUCAUAGAAGGGAACAUCUAUUGACAAAAUCAUAGUUCAAUCUAAAACCACCUCAUGGAUGCACAAUUGCUGUCACAAAGGAUCAAAAUCAGUUAGUCUUGUUUUUCUGGGAAAAGCCACUGAUUAACUGAAUAAUCUUUUGUUUUUGGAAAUAUUUAACAGUAAUAUUACUCAUUGUACAAAUCUUUAGUUCUGAUUUGGUUUUAUUGAAGGGUACAUCCACGUAUCUGCAAAAAUAAAUUUCGUCACGUCCACACUGAUGAGGUAAUGUGCUUCACCGUGGGACUUUGAUCUGGGGAUAUGAUGCGGUGUUUGCUGGGAGGACAAAGUUCCACAUGGUGCACAGUAUGAGAUCAACUCAGUUUCUCAAACAAUGUUUUAAUGCAUGCAUAGUUAUCAGCAUGGUUGCAAAAUAUUGGAUAACUGCUGAUGUGACUAACCGGUUAAAUGUGUUACAUGGAGUUUGACGGCUACGUGGAUGUAAAGAUUUGCUGUUAGUUGUUUUCUGUUGUUUUGGGGCGUUGAUGAGCUUCAUGUAGAUGACGUCAAAUUGCUCCAGUAUAUAUAUAUAUAUAUUUUUUUUUUUUUUUUACCUGUAAACUGCAGAUAAUCCAGUUUCCUGUGGGCAUAGUCUAAUCCUUUCUCGCAUGAAUGAUCUUUGUAGAAUACACCUUUAGCAUGCUGGUUGAUCUUUGACUUUGUCAGAAGCUGUUAAAAUGUUUCAGGAACUUGUCACCGUCUGAACUCUGGGAUCUGCAUUUAAACCAAAAAACAAAAGAAAAAAUCCUUAUAAGCCACGAUGACAUUGAAAUGAUUCUUAUUUUUUAUGGGGUUAAUCCUGUUUCAAAGGGACAAAUAUGUACGUAUUUUGGCCCUUCUAUAGUGAUGGAUACUGAAAUAUAGUUUGUGUUGUUUUUAAAGCUAAUAUUUUUGGCUAUAUAUGGCUUUGUAAGUUUUUUUUUUUUUUUUUUUUUCCUUCCUAUUGCUAUUUUAUGACAAAGGUACUGCUUCUAUUUUUGAUUCUCUAAUAUUGCCACUAAGCUUGUGUCAAGUGGACAUCUUUACAAAUGGUCCAGCAGUUAUUAUUGUACCAUGAUAGUUUUCCUCAAUUUUAUAUAUUUGCUUCAGUGUCUGUCCAUAAUUGUAUAUGAAUAUAUUUUUGCAAAAUGCUUGGUUUGCGUCACUUGAUAAAGAUGCAGAGUUUUAAUGCUGUGCAUAUAGUCUGCGUGGGCUGAAUCUCCACUUUGAAUCCUACAAACGUAAAAGAGGUGUCUGGAUAUAUUUUAUGUCACAUACUGGAGGCUGCUGAAUGAUUAGACACUGCUGUGAUGUCCUCAUAUACUGUAUGUGUGCCUUCUGCUGAUCUUUACUGAUACAAAUAAACUAUUUUACUCUU